AUGCUGAGCGAUCUGGACUACCUGAACGAUACCCUGGUCCCGAGGACGAGCGCCCAGACCCAGCCAGCGAGAGAGACUCGAGGAAGUGGCCCGGUGAGCGCACAGGACGCAGUACAGAGCGUGAAUGGAGAUGCGAUGGCAGCCACCGACAACCUCAGUAGCAUGCUCGACCAGAGCAAUCUGAGCUCAUCAGACAGAGCACUGCUAGCUCCUCUCCUGGCGGACCUGCAGAGCUCGAAUGCAGAGAUAGAGACGCUCAACGAGGGCGAUCUCGACCUUACCGCUGCAGAACUGAAUGCAAGGCUGGACAAGCUCAAUGACGUCGUCGAUCAGCUCGAUGGCAAGCUGGACAGUCUGCUUGCAUCGCUAGACGGUAUGGGCGAUGAACUAGCCCAAUCGCUACAGCGGAAUCAAGAAAACGCUUGA